AUGACUGUAACCAACGGCCGCAAUGGGAACCCCUCCAUAACCACCCUCCAUAGGGCUGAAGAAGUAAACGAUCUCAUCGAUGCUGUGAAGGGUCUCAUUGUCCCUUACAUCAAGGCUGCCGAUGAUGCCGCAGCAGAGCGUGCCACAGGGGAUAUUCGCCCCGGUUCAGCUGGUGUCAAGAACAAUGUCCUGGUAGACUUUCAAAAACCACAAGAGCUUGCUCAGCGACUCAAGUUUUCCUUGCCAAAUUCGGGUCAAGGUAAGGAGGGGUUGUUGGAGACUAUCCAGCAAGUUCUUCAGAACAGUGUCAAUACUUGGGAUCAGGGCUUCCUUGAUAAGCUGUAUGCAAGCACGAACGCAGUUGGUGUGGUGUCAGAUAUGAUACUUUCAGUGCUAAACACCAAUCUCCAUGUCUUUCAAGUUUCUCCCGCCCUCACCAUCAUUGAAAAAAUCACUGCAAAGACUCUGGCACACUUGUUUGGUUUCACCGGAUCAAGAGCAGGGGGUAUUUCUUGUCAGGGAGGAAGCGCCUCAAACUUGACUUCCCUGGUCGUUGCCCGGAACACCUUGUUCCCAGAAUGUAGAGCUUCAGGCAACGGUAGCCACGAUUUCGUCGUUUUUACAAGUGCUCACGGGCAUUACUCGGUUGAAAAGAGCGCCAUGAUCUGUGGUCUGGGUUCAAACAGCGUCUGGCCUGUUCCUGUGGAUGAAUUUGGGUGCAUGAGGCCGGAUGCCCUGAGGGACCUAGUCGUCCGUGCGAGGGAUGAAGGCAAGACACCCUUUUAUGUGAACUCGACGGCUGGAACCACUGUCAUGGGCUCAUAUGAGCCGUUUGGGGAGAUUUCCAAAAUUUGCAAGGAGUUUGGCCUCUGGAUGCAUAUCGAUGCAAGCUGGGGAGGCCCUGCUAUCUUUUCGUCGAAGCAAAAGCACAAGCUCAAUGGCGCCCAUCUGGCCGAUUCAUUGACAGUGAACCCUCAUAAGAUGAUGAACGUUCCCGUCACGUGCUCGUUCCUCCUCGGACCAGAUAUGAACAUCUUCAACAAGGCCAACAGCACCGCAGCGGGCUAUUUGUUCCAUACCAGCGAUGGCGGUGAUAUCUGGGAUCUUGCAGAUCUAACCCUGCAGUGCGGUCGCCGCGGUGACAGUCUUAAGCUUGCUUUGGCCUGGAUAUACUAUGGUGCUGCAGGUUUUAAGAAGCAGAUCGACCACGCGUUUGAGCAGGCUGAAUACCUUGCCAGUCUCCUCAAACAGAGUGACAACUUUGUGCUUGUAUCGCAAGACCCUCCCCCUUGUUUGCAAGUUUGCUUCUACUACUCGCCAGGGAGAAAUCUAUCUGAUAACAAGGAGGAGAACACACUCCGAACCAAGACUAUGGUCGAGGAGAUGAUCCUCAGAGGCUACAUGGUUGAUUAUGCCCCUGGUCCAAAGGGCAGCUUCUUCCGUGUUGUGGUCAACUGCCAAACUCUGCCAGGGACAGUUGAGGGCCUUGUUAAGGGUCUUGAAGAAGUUGGGCGCCAAUAA